AGGGCGUCAUAUGAUGUCCUUCCAUUCUCACCGCGCAUGCGCGGCUCAGGGAGCGCGCAGCGCGACGAUCGCCGAUCACAGCGCAUCACGGAAAGAGCCAAAGAUGUCGGCUCGGUCACGUGAUCAGCUGUGUCCAAUCACAGCUGAUCACAUGUAAACACGGAAAUGCCGGUUAUCGGCAUUUCUCUCCUCUUGAGCUGUCAAGCUGACAGCUCGAGAGCAGUGCCACCUGGCAGUGUCCAUCAGUGCCAGCAGUCAGUGCUCAUCAGUUCCACGUGCCAGUGCCCAUCAGUGUCACAUCAAUGCCACAUAUCAGUGCAUACCAGUGCACAUCAAUGCCACAUAUCAGUGCCCAUCUGAGCUGCCUUUCAAUGUCACCCAUCAGUGCCAGUCAGUUCCACCUAUCAGUGAUGCCAAUCAGUGCCACCUCUCAGUGAUGCCAAUCAGUG